AUUUAAAAUGGCCAGACAAUUAAUAGUGUUGUUAGCUCUGAUAGCCUUUGUAUCAGCUGGUAAAAAAAUUGGCAAUAAUGGAUUGAACUUGCUCAAAUCUGCCGAGGGCUGGAGGGCUAACUUCUAUUACGACCAGAUUGGCUUAAAAACUAUUGGCUACGGACACGCAUGCAAAUGGCAUAACAACUGCAAUGACAUCCAUCCGCCACUCAGCCAACAACAGGGCACAGACUUAUUGAAAAAGGAUCUGGUUGAAUUUGAAAACUGCAUUAACACUGCCGCUCCGGGACUCAGCCAAAAUCGAUUUGAUGCCUGCGUUGACUUUGCUUUUAACAUGGGCUGCGGGGCGUUCACAUCAUCAGAUAUAUUGAAAAACAUCAAGUCCAAAAACUGGUCAGGUGCGGCCAACUCGUUUACUAAGUAUGACAAAAUCGGUGGUCAAGUGAUCGCUGGUCUGACUGUCCGCCGAAGGAAUGAAAAAAACCUGUUCAAUAAGAAAUAG